AUGGGACAAGUAAGGAAUAAAUAGGAAGAAAUCCACGUAGCUUGCCUUGCAUCAUAAUUGUGUAUCCGCGCUCGGUUCUCAAUGUGUUCGUUUGUUUGGUAGGACUUUGUGUUUAUUUGAGGAGCUGAGAGUUUUCGUAUUGGCGGACGAAGGCGCCAAAAGCCGACGCCGGUGCUGUUUAUUGAAAGGGAGCGGGCUAAAAUGGAGCUGGAAGACGGGGUUGUGUACCAGGACGACCCGGGGACAUCAGCGAUGAUGUCUGAACGGGUGUCGGGCCUGGCCAGCUCCAUCUACCGCGAGUUCGAGCGGCUCAUCGGCAAGUACGACGAGGACGUGGUGAAGGAGCUGAUGCCGCUGGUCGUGGCCGUGCUGGAGAACCUGGACUCGGUGUUCGCGGAGAACCAGGAGCAUGAAGUGGAGCUGGAGCUUUUGAAAGAGGACAACGAGCAGCUCAUCACCCAGUACGAGCGCGAGAAAGCGCUGAGGAAGCACGCGGAGGAGAAGUUCAUGGAGUUUGAAGACACUCACGAGCAGGAGAAGAAGGACCUGCAGAACCACGUGGACAGAAUGGAGUCUCACUCCAGGCAGUUGGAGCUAAAGAUCAAGAACUACUCAGACCAGAUCAGCAGGUUGGAAGAACGAGAGCUGGAGCUCAAGAAGGACUUCAACACCCUGCAUCAGAGACACUCAGAGAUGAUCCAUAAUUACAUGGAGCACGUUGAGAGGAUCAAAAUGCAGCAGAUCAGUGAGACUUCAGAGUCCAGCGCUGUCGGCCGCGUCAGGAGGGAGCGUCCUCUUUCUUUAGGGAUCUUUCCCUCAUCUGGUCGCACUUCACUGAUAAUCCCCGACCCCCAGAACAGAACAGAAACUUCAGCCACGGAGGGAUGGAGGAUCGCCGACUCAUCAGCGCCUCGGUCCAACACCAGCCUAAAGCAGUUGGACUUUGACGACCCCCCAAAGGAAAGGGAGGGUAAGGGUGCGCAGGACUCUACUUGGGGGAAUUCUCUGGCAGACGACUGCAAGGAUGAAUUGUUGGACUUUAGUGACGCCAAGUCAGCGGCUUCGGCGUCCAGCCCGUCAGACGUGAAGAGAGAAGAUGGGAGUAAAAAGAGCACAGAGGUGCAGGCUGUUACAGGGACCCGGUCUACUGCAGUGGGCUUGCCUGAAAACGAGGACAGCUCAGACGUUCAGGACAUCAUCGAGUCCACGCCUGAGCUGGACUUGGAUCUCAUCGGGUACAAACCCUGCAGUACUCCCACCAAAGGCAUUGAGAACAUGGCGUUCGACCGCAACACGAACUCUCUGUUUGAGGAGCUCUCAUCUGCAGGCACUGACCUCAUAGGAGAUGUGGAUGAAGGAGCCGAUCUACUCGACCUUAGUUUGAUUGGAAUGGGCCGGGAAGUUGAGAAUCUCAUUCAAGAGAAUUCACAGCUGCUGGAGACAAAGAACGCCUUGAACGUGGUGAACAAAGACCUGAUCCUGAAGGUGGACGAGCUGACCUGUGAGAAGGAGCUGCUGCAGGGGGAGCUGGAGGCCGUGCAGCAGGCCAAGAGCAAGCUGGAGGAGAGGAACAAAGACAUGGAGGAAGAACUUAAAAAAGUGCGUCUGGAGAUGGAGGACGUGAAACAAAAAAGCAAAGAUGAGGAAGAUGGCGACGUACCCACAGCUCAGAGGAAGCGCUUCACCAGAGUGGAAAUGGCCAGAGUGCUGAUGGAGAGGAACCAGUACAAGGAGCGGCUGAUGGAGCUGCAGGAGGCUGUGCGGUGGACGGAGAUGAUCAGGGCUUCGAGGGAGAAUCCAACUCUAACAGAAAAGAAGAAAUCCAGCAUCUGGCAGUUCUUCAGCCGACUGUUUAGCUCCUCCUCCAGCGCCCCCACCAUGAAGAAAGUCGACUUCCAGUCAAACAUGAAGUACAACUCGCCGGGCAGCUUGGUGAAGAGGAGCAGCACCUUCUCGCAGUUCCCCACGGAGAAGUCCAAGAUCUUUGAUUUCGUCAAUGAAGGAUCAGAGCAGUGCAGCUCCCCCUCACGUAAGGAGCAGAAGAAAGCCCAGUACCAGCAGGUCAAGGCCCACAUGCAGAAGGAGGACGGCCGCGUCACCGUACACGGCUGGAGCCUUCCAGGCAAACACAAGGUGGCAAACGGUGGACAGGUGGAAAACAAGAUGAACUUACCCGUCCCAGUUUACCUGAGACCUCUGGAUCAGAAAGAUGCUUCCAUGAAGCUGUGGUGUGCAGCAGGGGUCAACAUGUCAGGGGGGAGGACGUCCUCGUCAGAUAGCAGACAAAUCAAAGGCUCUCAGAGCAGCCUGGACCAGCUGGAGCAGGACAGCAAGGACCAGGAGAAAGGAGAGAGGGACCCCACCAUCCAGGACGAGGUCUCCAGCAGGGUGUGGGUGUGCAUGAGCACCCACUCCUCCACCAAGGUGCUGGUGCUGGAUGCCACCCAGCCCUCAGACCUGCUGGACAGCUUCUAUGCUUGUAACACGCAUGUUGUUUGCAUCGCUAGUGUUCCAGGCGUGCUAGAGACGGAUUAUCCAGCAGGUGAGGCGGUACCCCAGGAUCCAGAAUUUUUCCAAAGUGACUCUGUGUCGUUAGCCGGGAGCUUGGCUAGCGUCGGCUCGACGGGCAGUGACGGCACCGGGGCAGUAGAGGGCGCCACCGCUGUUCCUCAGACAGCCAGCUUGGGUGUCACUGAGCAGCCCACAGAGUACAGCGCCACAUCAGACUCAAUUGAGAUCUCCAGAGAGAGCAGUCCUGCAAAGGACUGUGUUCCCGCAGCGGAAGAGGCCACCGAGGCCACAGAGGCAAACGCUGGUGUGGGCGAAGACGGAGAGGAGGACCAAGGGACAGAUCCAAACCAGGCAGGGAUCUACACGGAACACGUCUUCACCGACCCUCUGGGGGUGGGACCCACUGAGGGCUUUGCCGAUGACACCCAGAGGGGCUCUGGGGAGGGCGGUUUGACAUCCCAGUCAGAAGAUUUGGACUCAUCAGAGGCUGAAACGCUGAGGAUGAGCAGCGCUCUUCCCACCAUGUGGCUGGGAGCUCAGAAUGGAUGCCUUUAUGUUCACUCAUCUGUGGCUCGAUGGAGGAAGUGUCUCCAUGCCAUCAAGCUGAAAGAUUCAAUCCUCAGCAUUGUGCAUGUAAAAGGAAGAGUUCUGGUAGCCUUGGCUGAUGGGACCUUGGCUAUUUUCCACAGAGGCAUUGAUGAUCAGUGGGAUCUGACCAACUAUCACCUGCUGGAUCUGGGUCGGCCGCACCACUCAAUCCGCUGCAUGACAGUGGUGCACGACAAGGUGUGGUGCGGCUACAGAAACAAGAUCUACGUCAUCCAGCCCAAAGCCAUGAGGAUAGAGAAGUCUUUCGAUGCUCAUCCCCGCAAAGAAAGCCAAGUGCGGCAGCUGGCUUGGGUUGGAGACGGGAUCUGGGUGUCCAUCCGCCUGGAUUCAACUUUACGCCUGUUUCACGCCCACACCUACCAGCACCUACAAGACGUGGACAUCGAGCCCUACGUCAGCAAAAUGCUGGGAACCGGUAAACUGGGCUUUUCGUUUGUAAGAAUCACGGCUCUCGUCGUGUCCUGUAACCGCUUGUGGGUGGGAACGGGAAAUGGAGUCAUCAUCUCCAUUCCUCUGUCUGAAGCUAAUAAGUCAACAGGAAUAGUAUCAAACCGACCCGGCGGGGCUGUGCGUGUAUACGGCGAAGAGAGUACGGACUGCGCGCCCCCUGGUGGCUUCGUCCCGUACUGCUCUAUGGCCCACGCCCAGCUGUGUUUCCACGGACACCGAGAGGCCGUCAAGUUCUUUGUGACCGUCCCAGGUCAGGCGAUGCCGCCUCCAGGCUGUGCCGAUUCAGGCUCUGAUGACCCCGCCUCAGAAUCCUCAGAUAUAACCUCCUCCGAGCCCAAAACGUACCUGGUCAUGAGCGGAGGAGAAGGCUACAUAGACUUCAGAAUUGGCGACGAAGGCGGCGAGUUGGACGGCCUGUCCGAGUCGACAGGCAGCCAACAGUUGGCGCCCACCAAGGCGGAGCAGAGCCACCUGAUCGUUUGGCAGGUCACCGCUUCUCAUGACUGAAGCACCACAGACGGCAGCGUCAAAGUCGGGGGCGUUGACUCGCCCUGCACGCCCUCCAACAAAGCUCUGACUUUUAUUUAACGGUUCCUUCUGCCCGAGUAAACGUCUCUUUGUACAGAAAAACUGUCAUUCUUUUUAAGUCCAUGUUUUUGUAUGUUUUAUUUUUACCACCAGCUCCGAUGUUUGGGUCGAAUCCGUCCGGAUGUUCCUUCUGUUGGAUCACAAAAUGGAAGAAAAUUAGUCAAAUAUUUGUCUUAAAAGGCUUAUUUAUUUAGACUGGGGAAAGCAGGUUUGUCCCAUGCGGUUUUUCAUGUUUUAGAAGGCCCCUCCUCUCCUCCUCGUCUUCGUGAGUCGAUGCUGCCAGCCUCACCAGCUCAGUGCUUCCUGUUCGCUUCAGCUCGUUGGCACUUUAAGACGUUAGUCGUUAGAAAUGUGAAGGAACAAACGCUUGUAAACUACACUGCUGUGUCCUAACUGUGUGAAGGGAACACAUUUACAUUUCAUUUUAGAACAAGAGGUCAAAGCAACCAAAGGAAGGAGGAAGAAGUUGGAGAUGACGUUUUCAGGGCAUUGUUGGAAAUAUGCUUGAAAAAGGGAAAUAAUUCAAACAUAUUUCCAUUGUAGUGCACAUAGAGUGUCUCCUGGCUGCUUCAUUUUUUCAUGUUAUUUUUCAUUUCUGAGACAUUUCAUUAAGUAAUAAGCAGUAUAAUUACUCACUGUAACCUAACACUAUUAAAUAAUAUCGUUUUAGUUGUUUUUAUACAAAAAAUUGGGCCGUGUUUGGUCUGAAGUCCAUUUCUAUGAUCUGUUUGCCAUUCCAGUAUUUAUUUUCAUUGUUAUGGAGCCCUCUGGGCUCAGAAUGUAACUUUCUACUCAAUUAAAAUGUCAUAGGAGGCUAUUGUGAACAAAAUAGUCUGAUGAGUUUACAUUAUUGUUAAUAGUGAAAAAAAGAAGUUCAUGAAAUAAUGUUGGAAACUUGACAGUUUUCCCCCAAAAAACAAACAAAAAAAAUCAUUUAUGAAACUAUGCAUGUUUAUUUUUUUAAGGGAUCACAGCUCUGUUGUCUGCUAAAUCUGUUUUUUGCCACUAAUUUGACAGGAUUGGAUGAAGUGUGUGAGUUUGAAAACGUGUGUUUCUGAUUUGCGAUUGUGUGUAUGUGUGUUUUCUGUGCUACAUCUGUAAAAACUCCCAGAGGCUGAUGGGAUGAAGCCGUCAUACUCAGCUUCUCUGGAGACAGUGAUUCUUCAUAGUCAAUGUUUGCUAAAACAUGAUCAUAGCCUUAUUUUUUAACAAUCAAAUAAACCCAGUUUCAUGGAGGUCGA